CCUGGCACUGGCAAAGCACCUUCCCUGCUGCCUCUCGACUUUGUCUCGCCGCUUCAUCUCCGCUGGGCCUUUAUACCUAGCCCUCUUCGCUUUUACGCUUUUCUAUUUUUUUUUCUUCUCUGCUAGCAUCUCUCUUCCUUCCCCUUGCCCAUCCGCAUCCCAGUUCUUAUCAAUUUGACUUUUGCUAGUUAAAUUGAGCCUGGGUACGCCUGCUCCUCCUCUAACGGCCUUUUCCCUUUAUAGAGCCCACAAAACAAAGUCGCUGCGAUUUCCGAAACCGUCCAGCGUCUUAGUUACCCAUCCAAUUUGCUCUGUUAUAACGAGUAUUCCCCUUCCAAUCCGGUGCUGUGAUAGCUUUCUCGCAAUCCGUAUCAUCCUCGCAGUCCUGCUUGUCGUCGUCCAAUAGACGGUCCACCGCGACAACAUGCGCUUCAGUACCUUUCUCAUGGCGGCCCUCGCGCCAGCCCGACUUCUCGCCGGCCCAGCUGUUGCUGAUUCAGAGCUGAAGCUUGAUGAAAUCCUUGCCAGACAUAACCUCGCUCUUGUUCCUCGUUCGGAUCUCACAGACGCCCUUACGGAGCUUAGCAGUUUGCUCCGCCAGCAGCAACUCCAGCAACAAAAAGUCAAGGUCUACCCUCGCGCCAACAACAGCGCCGCUAGCGGCCAAGCUGCGAGCGGAAACCCAGUCUCAGAUCUGCUCGGCCUCCCAGACAUAGGUGAUCUCCUCAAAGCAUUGGGCGAUAUCGGCAGCAUCGUCAAGAUCCUCGAAAGCUUCCUCACCCCCGAAUUCCUCAAGGCUCUUCAUGACGCUGUCAUUGAUCUCGAUGCCACCCUCCAGCCGCCAUUCCCUAACCAGGCAAGAGACCUCAUCUCCAAGGCUGGUCCUCUCAUCGACAAGCUUGCUGGCCUCGAUCUUGCUGGCUUGCUUGACCAGCUCAAGGGUCUUGACCUUGGCAGCCUAAUCAAGAAGGUUGUCGGUCUCCUCAGUGACCAGAACUACAACAACCUCGAGAACUUGCUCACCAACGGUGCUGCCCUGCUCACUCCUACCUUUGUCAAUGAGACCCAGGCUCUCAUUGGCGAGGUUUCGCCUCUCAUCGAGAAAUUCUCUUCCAUCGAUAUCAAGGGUCUUCUUGAUGCCCUUUCUCCUAUCCUUACAAAGGAGAGCAUCCAGGGCAUUGUCGGUCUUUUGCAGAAUGCCGAAGCCCUCCUUACCAAGGACACUGUUGACCAGCUUAAGACUAUUCUCGGUGCCGCCAAGCCCCUCAUUGACAAGCUUGCCGACAUUGACAUUAAGGGCUUGCUCGACGCUCUCGGCCCACUGCUCACCAAAGAGUCUGUUGGCGGCAUCGUUACACUUCUUCAGAACGCCGAAGAUCUUCUUAGCAAGGACACUGUCAACCAACUCAAGACUAUUCUUGGCGCUGCCAAGCCUCUUAUUGACAAGCUUGCCGACAUUGACAUCAAGGGUCUCCUUGAUGCUCUCGGUCCCUUGCUUACCAAGGAGUCUGUUGCUGGAAUUGUUACGCUUCUGCAAAAUGCUGAGGAUCUUCUCAGCAAGGAUACUGUCAGCCAGCUCAAGACUAUUCUUGGUGCAGCCAAGCCUCUUAUUGAUAAGCUCUCUGAGAUUGAUAUCAAGGGUCUUCUUGACGCUCUUGGUCCUCUUCUCACCAAGGAAUCUAUCCAGGGCAUUGUUGAGCUUCUGCAGAACGCAGAGUCUCUCCUCAGCAAGGACACUGUCGGCGACCUCAAGAACUUGCUCAAGGCUGCCAAGCCUCUUCUCGAUAAGCUGGGUAGUCUUGACAUCCAGGGUAUUCUUGAUGCUCUCUCUCCUCUGCUUACCAAGGAUUCCAUCUCUGGCAUCGUCACCCUGCUCCAGAAUGCCGAGUCUCUGCUCACCAAGGACAUUGUUGACGAGCUCAAGCUUAUCCUUGUUGGUGUCAAGCCUCUGCUCUUCAAGCUUGCCAGCUUGGACCUUGAGGGCAUCAUCGAUGCUCUGAAGCCGCUGCUGAACAAGGACGCUAUUGGUGGUCUCGUUACCCUGCUUGGCAAUGCUGAAGACCUUCUCAGCAAGCAGACCGUUGACCAGCUCAAGUCCCUGCUCACUUCCGCUGGUCCCCUCUUGGAUACCCUUGGCAAGCUUGAUCUUAAGAAGCUUCUUGACCAGGUUGGCCCCAUCCUCGAGGAGGUUAGCAAGCUCGAUCUCAAGGGUCUGUUUGAUGCCAUUGCUCCUCUCCUCACCAAGGAGACUGUUGGCGGCCUUGUUACUCUCCUUGUCAACGCUGAGAACCUUCUUACCUCUGACUUUGUUAAGCAAACCAAGGACCUUAUUGCUAACGCUGGUCCUCUUGUGUCUGCCCUUGGCAAGCUUGAUCUUCAGGAUCUCAUCAACCAGCUUGGCCCUCUUCUCAAGGUUCUUGGCAAGCUCGAUCUCGAGGGUAUCCUUAACUCUCUUGCUCCUCUCCUCAACCCCGAUAGCAUCAAGGGCAUUGUCGGCCUUUUGGGUAACGCAGAGGAUCUGCUUACCAGCCAGUUCGUCAACCAAACCCACACUCUUAUCGGUGGAGCUGUUCCCCUCGUCGAGGGUCUCAGCACCAUCAACAUUCCUCAGCUCCUCCACCAGCUUACUCCUCUUCUCAACGCUCUUAGUGAGAUUGACUUGGAUGGCCUUGUUAAGCAGCUUGUUCCUAUCCUUAACGAGAUUGGCAAGAUUGACCUCAAGGGCAUCUUUGAUACCCUUGCUCCUUUCCUUACCCCAACCACCGUCAAGGGUCUCAUUGGCCUCCUCGCCAACGCUGAAGGUCUUCUCACUUCCAAGUUUGUCAACCAGACCCAAACCCUCAUUGGAGACGCUGUUCCCCUCGUUGAGGCACUCGGCACGGUUGACAUUGCUGGUCUCCUCAAGGCGGCCAAGCCCCUCCUCGACGAGGUUGCCAAGCUUGAUCUCUCUGGUCUUGCCAAGGCUGCCAAGCCUCUUCUCGAUGCUCUGGGUAAGAUUGACAUCCAGGGCAUCGUCGAUGAGAUUACUCCUCUCAUUACCCCCGAGCACGUCAAGGGCAUCGUUACUCUGCUCUACAACGCCGAGGCGCUACUGAGCGAGAACUUUGUCUCGGAGACGACAGAGUUGAUUGGUGACGCCACACCACUAGUGGCUGCGGUGUCGGACUUUGUCCAAGCGUUAUUAAAGGCGCUCAUGGGCAACAACUAAACGGGGCAAAACCGGCGUACAUUGGAUGUUUAUAUUUGAUUGGACUAUUUAACGCGAUACUGUAUUUAUGAUGGCUACGUAAUACCUAUUUAUUGAUAGCGAAUGAAUUUCAACGAUUACGAUU